GAAUCUAGUAUUAUCUGAUGCAUCAUCUUAAACACACAUUGUUUCAAGUUUCAAGACGCCACUUGAGGAGUUUCGAUAUACACAAAAAUUCGCAGUUACUUUUAGUGGGAAUGGCAUUGACAUUAUAUUAUAAUAUUAAUAUUUCUCUGUUAUAUAUACUUUAUUUAUUUCCCUAAUAGAAAUAUAUAUUGAUAAGUGAUUAUCAUUGAGAUUUCAUAAGUUUCGAUAAAAAGCGAUAAGUGAUUGAGAUAAUGAAACAGAGAUAACUUAAGUGUUAAACGGUGGAUAGCACAUCACGCGAAUACGAUAUAUGACUAGUAUGAAUCAUUUUGAUAUUGAUUUAUGCAUGUUGGAAGAGUUCGGCUUUUUGAAAAAUGAGUCCAAAAUUACUACAGUGGACAGUCUCGAUUACCGUUAUAUUCCCAUCACAAAAAACAGCGUUAGUUUAGGUAUUAAAGCCAGCCACGAUGCAAGGAUUGCCUUACGGACACAUCUUGGUGGUGACUCCAAUGUGUACGAAAUUAUUAUUGGUGGAUGGGGAAAUACUAUGUCAGCGAUAAAAAGAAAUAAUGCAGAACCAGAUGUAGCAGAAGCAGAUACUAGAGAUAUAUUGAAUCCUGAUGAGAUGUGUGAUAUUUUUAUACAAUGGUCUUGCGAUGGAUUAUUAAGUGUUAGCCGUGAAGAUGAUUUUGAUAUGCCUUUCAUGUCUUAUAAAGACAGAAAUCCAUUUGUUAUAAAUUAUAUAGGAGUUAGCACUGCUUGGGGUGCAACUGGACAAUGGAUAAUCGAAGAAUGCCAAUUCACGUCGCCAGCCAUCAGGCAACAAUUAGUGGACACGUGCCAUUUCUGGGUGGACUUCAACGAAGCUUUUGGAUUGCCACGAAACGCGGUGAUGGCUUCCGAGGAUGGUUUGUACGUCGGUCGGGCACAUCACCAAAAUACCGUGACACCAGGUGGCAUUCGCGAUAAUAUCUGUAUCCUCGCGUGGGGCGGCGAAGCCCACGAGAAACGCGAAUUUCAAGUAUUGUGCGGCAAGGAUGUGAACUGGGUGAAAUCUUGGGAGGGUAGCGUGCCUCUGCACGCACUGCCUGCCGGCGAGACCGAGGAUGGUUACGCUCUGUUUAUCGGCAGGGUGCUGCACGAGGGCGUUUACCAUAUCGGCAAGAUACAACCGAAUCAUCAGGUGUGCUACGUACCGUUGAACGGCCAGGAAAUGCCCUAUCUGGAAUAUGAAACUUUAGUCAUACACGACAACUACGGAGUCGAGUGUAUUGGAAGAUAAAGCGACAAGCGAUUUAGGAACAGAGCGUAUUUAUUUUUCCACGAGACAUCAACUAUAUAGAAAUAUUUUCUAUAUGCUAUAGUAAAAAGAUACGAUUCUCUCUGUAAGACUUGCAGUUGCAUAUAUAUACAUUAAUAAGAAAAUAACUUUUCUUUCUUCUUUUAUAGAUAAAUUUUUUAGCUGAUGCAAUAUAAAAAAAUUUUAAAGUACAUUUUUUUUACUGUCUUUCAUAAGAUAACAUUGAUAUAAUCAUAUUAACUUUAAUAUAUCAUGUAUGAUUUCAAUUGUAAUGAUAAAAAAAGACGAUUUAGAUUGAUUCAAACUAAGAAACAAGUUAAUUAUAAAUAAAUAACAAAUAUAAAUUAUGGAAUUUUCUCAGUCAGAAUUAGACGAAAUUAUUUGCCAAUAAAAAUAAGUAUUAUUUACAAUUGAUUAGUAGAUAUUAAUUCACAAAUAUUUGUUAAUAGAUAACAUUGGAUUUAUUAUUAUUAUAAAAAUAAAAUAUAAUAAUUAUGAUGUAUAUCUAUAUUAAUGCAGUAUGUCUAUAUACAAUUAUACAAUAAUUAUAUGGUGUUAUACAUAAAUAGGUACAGAGGAUUAAUUGGAUUUUACAAUAUUCUUAUGAGCAAAACUCAAAAAUAUAAUUUUUUUUUUCAUAAAUAGUGUUUAUAAUAAUUUUCCACAUAAUAUCCAUAAAAAAUAUCUUUGAGAUUUACUCAUCAUAAUAAUAUUGCAAAAUAUAAUUAAUCCUGUAACUAUUCAUAUAUAACUUCAUAUAAUUAUCAUACAAUCGUAUAUAGAUAUACUAAAAGUGAAGAUGAUGAUAAUUAAUUUUAUUUUUAGUUUGACAUAUAUCUACAUGCAAUUUUUUGUAUGAUAACUAUACAUAUAAUAAUUAUAUAGUAACAAUUAUAGACUUAAUUAUACUUUACAGUAUUGUUAUGAUUACCAUAACUUAAAGACAUAUUACUUUUUAUAGAUGUAUAGAAAAUUAUUAUUAAAGAUGAUGUUGGUUAUUCUAUUUUUAUACAUAAAUAUAAAUUCAAUGUUAUAAAUCUUUGUAAAUUAGAAUCUAUUAAUCAGUUGUAAAAAGUUAACAAAUGAUACUUGUAUCAUUAUAAAACUAUUACUUUGUUAAAGAUAAAAAAAAGACAACCGAUAAAAGUAUUAUAAUUUAUCGCAUCCUAUUGUUAUAAACUGUAUAUUAUAAUAAAUAACAUCAUUGAAUCGCGAAAUUUAUUUUCCGCACAAAUACAAAAAAGAAGAUAUUUGAAAUAUUCUAUAAAGUAUUCUGCUAAAUAUUUUUUAACUAUAUUUAUUUAUAUAUUUUUUAACAGUAAAACUAUUUAUAUACUUAGUUGUAUAUUAGUUACAUACUAGUUAUAUACUUUUUUGAUUUAAUAACUACUCAGGGUUUUACAAUUAAUCUGCAAAUAAUGGCCAAUUUAAAACACUUUACACAGAAUCGUAAUAUUUUAUCUAUAAUAUUGUGAUAUGAUAAUAAACGAGUUGACAAUGAAACGACAUGAAUCAGAAGAAGCAUUUGCAUUUAAAUUAGUAUUUAUGACAAGUAUUCUAUAUAGUACAGUAUAUUCGACAGUAUCUAUACAAAUGCUUCUUUUUGCAUCAAGCACUUCUUUUUCAUUGCUAAACAUAUGCUCAGUUGUUAAACACUCAUAUAGAAUGUAAUUGUUAUUAUAAGCAAGGCUGCACAAGUUCUUUUUCUAUAGAUAUAGAAUAUAACUUUAUUGAAGAUGCUCUUUCAAUAAGAGCAUCCUCUAUUUUUAUUGUUCAUGUAUAAAAAUGACUUGUAAUAUAAGAAAUAUAUUAUGAUAUCGAAAUGUAAGUUUUUAUAAAAUAUGUAUUGCAAUGAUUUCAAUCUAAUUAUGAAUUUGAUAGAAUAACAAAAUUUUUAUGAUAAUUUUUAAAUCAAAUUUCUAAUCACAUGUAAUAUCAAUUAAAAAAAUCUUAAUGAUUGAAAUUUUUCUUGUAGUAGGAAAAUUAUAGAAGACAAAUAUGUGAAAAUAUAAUUUGUAACUUGAAAUUUUCUUAUAAAAAUAAGAAAGAAAUCCUUAGAAAAAAAUCUUUCAAGCACAUGUAGCAAUAAGGUUUCCACAUUAAUCUAUUAUGAUAAAUAUAUAUUAUAUAUAUUUUGCAUAAUGUGUGUAACACUGUUAUAUAUUUUAGAAAUAUUAGAAAAAUAGAAAAAAAUAUGUUUUAUUUGUGCAAACAUAUGAUAGAAAUAUUAAUUUUUUUGGAUAGAAUUAUCUUUUUGGAUAAAGAUAUGUUAGGAUAUCUAUUUGGAAGAUAUAUAUAGACACUCUGUAUAUUCCAUAAUAUACAUACGCACAUACAGUAAUAUUAUAAUAUUUUGUUAAUAUGCCAUAGUGGCAUACUUAAUAAGUUGUUAAAGCAUGUAUUAUGUUAUAAUAUAGAAAUUGAUUUUCUGGUAAUAUUCUGUUACUUUUAUAUUAUAUAUUGAAAUUUAUAAAAUACAUGUAAUGUCUUUUUUGUUAUAUGAAAACAAAGGCAUAAUUAUUUUUGCAUACUAAAACUCAGUAUGCAAUGUGAUAUUAUUUUAAUUGUGGAUCAUUAUAUGUUAAUAAAAAUAUUUAAUUAAAUUCUUGAUUAUCUAAUAAAAAUAAAAAUGUACUACUAAUAAUUAUUAAGCAAAUAAAAAGAGCAUUUAAAUAGAGGAAAUUUACAGAAAAAAUUAUUAAAAGAAAAGUAAGUAAUAUGAAAAUACUUUUUCCUAAUUAUAUUUUGAUUCUUGCAAAGAUAGCUGCAAGUAGCCUUGUCUUCAUCCAUACGAUGUGUUCAUUUGUCACAUAAAUAUAGCAUCAGAGAAUUAAACAAUAUUACAUAUAAAUUGAUUGGACUAAUUAUAUAAUAAUUAUGCAGUCAUCAAUAGAAUUUUGCAUAUGAUAAAUGCUUUACUCAUAGUAAUUCUUCCUUUUCCUCUCAACAAAUGUUCCAUGUACCAAAAUAUAUUUGCUAUAAAAAUUGUAUUUAUUAUUAAUUGUGGUAAAUGAACACUUCGUUUUUUUUAAAGCCGGCAUAAACAACUAUGUCGGCGAUUAGGAUAUAUUGGUUUUC